GCAGUCAGCAGCAGCAGCAGCAGCAGCGGAGGAACAUUAAGACACACAGAGUCCCAACCAGGGACAGACAGGGUCCACUAACGUCCCCCUGUCCGAACCAGACACACCGCCACCGGAUACAUAACGUUCAAAAGUCGGGAAACGACGCUUUUUUAAAAGUGAAAACCAUCACCGUUUGAUUUAACGCUGGGUAGUGAAAGAAGUGGGUUUACCGGGAAGUUUGCGACUCACGGCAGCAGUUACCGGAGCGUGAAAACCGGCGCUGGGAGGAGUGCAUCAGUGUCAACUCCGUACGCUUGGUUCAGGUUUAUUCCGUUUUUAUUUCCCCCAAAAAAGCAGCUUCUUUUAUCGGACCGAGGUUUGUUUCUCGUCGUAAAAACCAACCAACCAACCAACUUUGUUCCAAAAAAAAACAAACAUUCAGGUUUUUCCAGACAUUCACAGAGAUACGAGAAGAAGGAACGUCGAACCGGACGGAGAAGUGGAUGUAUCUUCGGCCAUGGAUGUAACCGUUUACCCACCUCCUCCUCAAUCUCUGGCCGCGUCAGACCACACCAGGCUGGGGCAGCACUCCUACCCUGACCCGGCCUUUGGGACCAACAAGCUGGACGCGGACAUGUUCCUGGGUAUGCCAGAGCAAGGCCUUGACUAUGCCUCAACCAAUCAGUUUCGUGUGCCACAGCCCCCUCACCCUCUCAGCAAGGUGACGCCACCCAACCAGCCCUCCCAGCACUGGAGGAGGGACACACACAUGGCCGACUCACACCGUCUGCCCUGGUCCUACUCAGUGGGCGGUUUGGGCGAUGAGGACUACAACAUCCCGCCCAUCACUCCCCCGACCCUGCCGGACCACAUGCUGCCCCCCCACCUCCCCCACGAUUCCCGCUCUGGACCGUACCACCCUAUGGACGCCCCCUCCGGCUCCGCUCCGCACCACCCCUACCAGCUGCAGGGCAUGGAUCUUCCCGGCAUGCCCGGCGGACAAGACAGAGCUGCCAUGUUGAACCAAGAUGGCCGCACCUUCAGUCCGGAUGGCGGCCCAAUGACCAGCACACUGUCUGUGAUGCAGCAGAUGGUGAACUCUGAUUCCCGGUUCACCAGCAGCCAGCAGCCAAUCGAGGCGGCCCUCGGACCCAGGGGCCAAUCGGGCAUGAGCCAGCAAAGCCAGUUGUCCACCAUCAACCAAUCCCAGCUGGGGCUGAGUGGGAACUCUGCUACCCAUCACUCUCCCUCACCCCCUGGCAGUAAAUCGGCCACGCCGUCUCCCUCCAGUUCAGCACACGAGGACGACAAUGACGACGGACUCAGGCUUGUCAGUGUAGCAGAGAAGAGGCCAGCAACCGUGGACAUCUCCAAGAAACCCAAAACACCAAAGAAGAAGAAGCGAAAGGACCCCAAUGAGCCAGUGAAGCCAGUGUCCGCCUACGCCUUGUUCUUCAGGGAUACCCAAGCCAACAUCAAGGCCCAGAACCCCAACGCCACCUUUGGGGAGGUGUCAAAGAUCGUGGCCUCCAUGUGGGACGGGCUGGGAGAGGAAGAGAAACAGUUGUACAAGAAGAGGACAGAGACUGCCAAGAAGGAGUAUCUGAAACAACUGGCUGCCUACAGAGCCAGUCUGGUCUCACAGAGUUACAAUGAUCCAUCUGACAUGAAGCCGCCCCACUCUUCCUCCACACCUCCCUCUUCCUCUACCUCAAUGUAUACAACCAAACCCUCGGUCUACCCGGGUCACCCAGGCCAGCACCAUUCCUCCGGCUCCAUGGCCCACCCCCACCCUCACCCUCCCCAUCCCCAUCCCCACCAGCACCCGAGCAUGUACAUGCCGUACCCUCACCCGUCGCACCCUUCCCACGCCUCGAGCCCCGGCCUCAGCCCACACCUGCCCCCUCCCCACACCCAGAUCCACCCCCAGCUCCAGGCUCUGUCCUCCAGAGGGACCGUCCCACGGCCCAGCGUCCCCCACCAGGGAGCUCUGUCCCUCGGCGGCAUGGCGGCGGCGUCCCCCCCUCCUCUCCAGGUCAGCCCUCCCCUCCACAGCCAGGCGCACCUGGGGGGCUGCACACACCAGCAGCACCAGCAGCUCAGUGGACACGCACUGGGAAUGACGCACUCGCCUGCCAUCACACAGGGCUACCACCCCUCCCUCCAGUCUGACUACCAGACAUUAGGAGGAGGUAUGCUUAAUGGCGGGGCUAUGAUGUCAUCAUCAGUGGACUACCAUCAGCUGGGUCGACACACGCCCAACCACCACCCCUCUCUGGACUGGAGUACCGAUUACCAUGGCAACGGCGGCGGACUGCAGAGGGACAAACCUCUCUAUCUGAGCUAAUCUCAGGACAGAGUGACGCCAAAACUUCAACUGAGCCCUACGACUGCCACACCACGGAACCUCCGGCCUCACCUCCACUCCAAAACCGGGGCCAACCUAGACAAGCCUAAAACCCACCGUGGACUCAACCACCUACACUCCAGCUAAACUUGAGUUUGCUUCUAAGGAAAGUCGGAGCAGUAGAAUAAUGGGACAUUUCUGUGUAUAACUACCACGUCUCUCCUGAGGGACAACAGGGCCAGUGUUAAGAACGGGAAGAAGAAAGUCUCCGGGUUUCUGCAUGUCCCCACGGCUGGUCUGACAUCUGUUAUUGGCUGUAUUUUUUUUCUGCUGACCAUUUACAGCAUAAGACAUGUUGUGCUUUGAAUUAAAAUGUCGUAUACCAGCGAGGAGAGGCGGUGUGCUGUGAACCAUGAUGAUAUGUGUAUAUACUCCAACCUCCCUCAGAAAGGGAUAAUCUCUCUAAUUUCCUGUCCGCCCUAAAAAAAAAAACCCAUAUCUAGUUCCUCAUUUUGUAAAGACGGUGAUUACCGUCAGUUCCAAGUGUAAAUUGCUGUAACAUAAUAGUUUGAGCUGUCGAUUUAAAGCCAAUUGACUCUUCUUUUCUUUAUUGACCUAAUAGUUGCUGUCUCCUUCUGCGACCAAAGUCAAGAGAACACACGAGCAAACCCUAGGUCGAUAACCAAAUACUACACAAAUUGUGAAUUUAAGCCUUCGAUAUGAUGCAGUAUGGACUGUGAAGUCCCACACACAGUGCUGAACGAGCGAUAACGACACUGAACGAGCACGGCUUUAUCCAGCUAAAGAUAAAUAAGAGAAGAAGAGGUGGAACGGCACCUGAAACCGCUCGCCGCCUCUUUAACCAGGCGCCGGCUGUGAAUAAUUGUGUACGAUUAAAGAGCUCUCGUUGUUCUCUCGCAGCGAGGCUCAGAUCUGCAGGGUAGAAAUUCAUUGUAUUUUAGUCCUUGAAAUAAUGAAAUGUCAAACAAUUCUUUGUUGGAAAAAAAAAAAGAAAAGAAAAAUAAAUUCUCCUUUGUACGAUGACAGCCCCUCCUCCUGGCAUAUGUCUGUUGAUGAUAUUGAUUCGGAUCCAAACUGUGCGCGCGUGUGUGUGUGUGUGUGUGUGUGUGUGUGAAGUGUUAAUGAGAAGGCGGA